AUGCCAACCACCAAACCAGUGGCAUUGGUGAUUGGAGCGUCUCGCGGAAUCGGACGCCAAAUCGCCAUCGAUCUAGCAAAGGAUAGCUAUGCCGUUGUUGUAUCUGCGAAAACAACCUCCGACGCCAGCAAAACCAACCCCUUCCCUCCAGACCCCAACUCUCCAGAAUCAACUAUCAACACAGUAGAGCGGGAAAUCAGAGAAGCGGGUGGCGAUGCCGUGGCACUGGCAGUCGACACUAGAGACGAUGAUGCUGUCAACCGUCUCGUCCACAAGACCGUCGAGAUCUACGGGAAACUAGAUGUUCUCGUCUAUAACUCUGGAGCCAUAUGGUGGUCAUCCGUUGAGAACACGCCCGUCAAGCGAUUCAAACUCAUGCAACAGGUCAAUCCGGAGGGCCUGUAUUCUAGCGUACAGGCGGCGUUACCUUAUUUUGCGAAGAAUGGAUGGAAGGGUAGGAUUAUUGUAGUGUCGCCGCCCAUAUACUCAAGAUUUUUCCGGGGGAAGACAGCGUACGCUAUGGGCAAGAUCGGAAUGAGCGUUUUGACCAAGGGGUUGGCAAUGGACUUUAUCCGCCAGGGACGCAAAGACAUGGCGAUUACAAGCAUCUGGCCUGCUGUGUCCAUCGAAUCCGCCGCAACCAAACGAUCCACAGAUAAAGACCCCUCGUUCGCAAAAGAACUCCGAAAACCUACCAUUUUCUCCGCCGCAAUCAUAGGAAUACUACAUGCUCCUGCAUCCACUGUAAAUGGCCUCCUAACUCUAGACGAAGACUUCCUCCGGGAGUAUUGCGGCGUGACGGACUUCUCUGAAUAUAAUACCGUGCCGGGUUCGAAUCCGAGACGAAUUAUGCCUGCCAAAUUCCCCACGUUGGAAGUUGAGGAGCAAGACGAUGAAGGGCGAAGGGUGGAUAGUACGGUCUUCAGGGUUGCAGAGGGGAAAUCGAGGUUGUAA